GCAUUAUUAUUUCCGAAAUAUUAACCGUUAGCAAGUUCGGGUCGGACCCUGAAGUUCCUCGAGCAGCUGUUUGGUGGUUCAGAGACGGGACAGGGACUCGCCAUGGAGAGAGCCUCGGCAAUUUUACGGAGAUGCUACAGCUACCCGCGGUCUCGAGGAGGAUGAAUCGAGCAAUCUCCUUGAAUACAUGCCGACAUUCUUGUUGUUUCGGUAGUUAGAAAAGGACUUGUUCGUUUCUUGCUCUCGAAUCUCGAUCUUUCCAACCGCAACCUACAUUUUUCAUCCCAUCAUACCUAUCAAAUCGCUAUCAUCGUCACCCAUCAUGGUUAACUAUCCCAAAGGUCUCUUCGCCGGCCAGACGGCCAUCAUCACCGGCUCUGGUCAGGGUAUUGGUGCAGAGGCAGCUAGACUGUUUGCUGCUGAGGGUGCCAACGUUGUCAUUGCCGAUGUCGACGCAACCAAGGCCAAUGAUGUUGCCUCCAAGAUCAACUCGAGCGGCGGCAGGGCGCUCGCCGUCCCCGGCGAUAUCAUGAACGAGGCCUACAUCCCGGAUCUGGUUAAGAAGGCCGGUGAGUUCGGCAACGGCAAGAUCCACAUCAUCAUCAACAACGCCGGGUAUACCUGGGAUGGUGUGAUUCACAAGAUGACCGAUAAGCAAUGGGAUACCAUCGUCGCGCUGCACUGCACCGCUCCGUUCCGCCUGGUCCGCGAGGCCGCUCGGUUCUUCCGCGUCAAGGACGGCGAGCCGCGAGUCAUCAUCAACAUCUCCUCCACUUCCGGCAUUCAUGGCAACGCCGGCCAAGCCAACUAUGCCCUCGCCAAGGCCGGUGUGGUCGGGUUGACCAAGACCAUCGCGAAGGAAUGGGGACCGCAAUUCGGCGUGCGCGCCAACACGAUCGCAUUCGGGUACAUCAUGACCCGUUUGACCGAAGCGAAGGAGAAGGGUGCGUUCGUUACGUUGCCGGAUGGUGAGAAGGUUGCCCUGGGGAUUCCGACGGCACAGCAGGCGGCGAAAGGCCAGGGCCCGGUGGCACCAACAUAUCCGGAUAUCCCGCUCCGGAGACCAGGGAGCGCGACCGAGGCGGCUGGAUCGAUUCUUGCAACAUGCAGCCCGUACAUGAGCUAUGUGAGCGGGCAGACCAUCAUGGUGACUGGUGGCAGGAAUAUCUAAGGCAAGAAGGGGUUUGCGUGUGAGAUGUAUAUAAAAUGUUGAUUGGGAAUAUGACUCUUUUAGUUAGCGACA